UGUUACGACCCAAGCAGAUGCUCUUGGAACCCCUGCUCCCUGCACACACAUUUCUUUUGUCUCAUCACAGACUUCUGGGAUUGGAAAGGUCGAGUGGUCCGUGCCUCUGCCGGCGGACAGAACCUCCGAAACGUUGUCCUUGACCCGGUGCUCUCUUGUGUCUCCUUGCAGAGCCUCGUCCCUAAUAUGUCUGCUGACUACAUAUAUGACCCCUCAGAUGACGACUAUGUGACCUUAAACUUCACAAACUUCUUCUGUAAGAAAAACAACGUCAGGCAGUUUGCAAGCCACUUCCUCCCACCCUUGUACUGGCUCGUGUUCCUCGUGGGCACCGUGGGCAACAGCCUGGUCAUCCUCGUCUACUGGUACUGCACGAGGGUGAAGACCAUGACGGACAUGUUCCUGCUGAACUUGGCCAUCGCCGACCUCCUCUUUCUCCUCACUCUUCCCUUCUGGGCCAUCGCCGCCGCUGACCAGUGGAAAUUCCAGACCUUCAUGUGCAAAGUGGUCAACAGCAUGUACAAGAUGAACUUCUACAGCUGCGUGCUGCUCAUCAUGUGCAUCAGCGUGGACAGGUACAUCGCCAUCGCUCAGGCCACGAGAGCGCAGACCUGGCGGCAGAAAAGGCUUCUGUACAGCAAGGUGGUGUGCGUCACCGUCUGGGUGACGGCCGUCGCCCUCUGCACCCCAGAGAUCCUGUACAGCCAGACCAAGGAGGAGUCCGGCGUCACCCUCUGCACCAUGGUGUACCCUCACGACAAGAGCGCCAGGGUGAAGUCGGUGGUCUUGACCCUGAAGGUGAUCCUGGGGUUCUUCCUUCCCUUCGUGGUCAUGGCCUGCUGCUACACCCUCAUCAUCCACACUCUCAUCCACGCCAAGAAGUCGUCCAAGCACAAGGCCCUGAAGGUGACCGUCACCGUCCUCACCGUCUUCUUCGUGUCCCAGCUGCCCUACAACAGCGUCCUGCUGGUGCAGACCGCCAACAUCCACACCAAGUUCAUCUGGGACUGCGCCGUAUCCAACCGCAUCGACAUCUGCCUCCAGGUCUGCCAGACCGUCGCCUUUUUCCACAGCUGCCUGAACCCCGUGCUCUACGUCUUCGUGGGCGAGCGCUUCCGCCGGGACCUCAUGAGAACCCUGAAGAACCUGGGCUGCCUCAGCCAGGCGCAGUGGGCCUCCUUCACGAGGAAGGAGGGCAGCCUGAAGCUGUCCUCCAUGGUGCUGGAGACCACCUCAGGGCCCCUCUCCUUCUGAGGGGUCUUCUCUCCGAGGGGGCUCGUGCUUUUG